GUGAACAGCCUCAACCUUAAGAUGUCAAAGAUCGGCACCUUAGUGUUGAUGACACUUGUGUCCAUGGUAUCUGCGGAAAAUGAGGAGGCCGACCCCUUCACCUUUGACUACCACAGACUGCGUGUCGGAGGUCUCAUCCUAGCUGCUGUCCUCUGUCUCAUCGGCAUCACCAUCCUGUUCAGUGGCCACUGCAGGUGCAAGUUCAACCAGGACAAGAGAAGAAGGACAGGAAGCAAUGCUCAGCAGAUGCUCAGCGACAAAGGUAAUAUUUACCCACCUGCUGAAAAAACGCUUUUAUUUGCUCAAGAUUAG